CGUUUCCAAUUUGUUGAUCAUGUUAUAACUGCGUUUUAAUUUAUGGAAAGUAGAAGAUUUAUGGCAAUUAUAUAUUUGAAAUUUCCAAUAAGUGUUAGUUCGAUUACGGUAGAACUAAUAAGAAUAAAUGUGUUGUGUUGCGUCGUUGUGCUGCGCGUUGAUCACUGUAGUGGAUAUAUCAUAACAUGUAUCUGCAUACAUCCCAACUCUCAACUUUUUAAGCGGAAGUGAUAUAGAUACAGAUGGACGUCUUUUUGUAAUCGAAGAAAGCGACAAGUUGAACGAAUUAUAUAUAUUUAUAUAUAUAUGUAUAUAGUUUUAGGACUAUUCAGAAAAUGUACAGUUAUAAUGCUUAAAAAAUUACUUUCCUAAACGAUGGCGGGAUUGGAAAGUUACGAAAGAGUGUAUCGUGGGAAACCUGUGUCUAAAUCUUGGGAAACUGGAAAUAAUUUUCCAUAUAUUUACCAUGGACAAGACGUUAUUCGUCCUUUAGAUGUUCCUGUUGUGCAUCCUCUAGUCGAAGAUAAUCCACCUUCCGAAGGAGAUCUUACCGUAAAGAAAUAUAUGGUAGCUAGUUGUGGAUUAGCAACCUUAAUUACAGAAACUUUAUUAGUUCAUCCCCUUAUUGUUCUAAGACGGCAGUGCCAAGUAAAUCCUGGAUUGAGCAAAUAUCAUAUAAUACCAGUCACUUUGGUACCUGUGGUCAUACGUCUCCAUCAAACUCAAGGAAUAAAUACAUUAUGGAAAGGAAUUGGAUCGGUGCUGCUUGUAAAAGGGAUGUUGUUAGCUAUCGAAGAUUUCAUUUCUAAAAUAACACCAUGGCCAAAAGAAAUAACAUGUAAUAGUUCACUGAAAGCAUUUGGACAACAUAUCCUUCUUAAAUGUAUUUCUUUAGGUUUAGUAGCACCAUUCUAUUCUGCAUCAUUAGUAGAGACGGUACAAUCUGAAAUUGCAUCUGAAAGCCCUGGCAUACUGGAUGUUUUUCGAGAUGGUGCAAUUCGUUUAGUUGAAGUGAGCAACAAAGGCAGACUAAUUCCCAUUUAUUCUCUUCUACCGCCAACAAUUGCUUAUGGAGUAUCUAAAUAUCUUUUCACUCUAGCUGUUCAAGGAGUUACUAGUCGUAUUAUGCAUAUUAGACAAAAGCAGUCUCAAGAGUUAAGAGGUGCAUAUAGCAGAGACUUGCUGUCAGAGACUGUUACACAAGAUAUAGAAUUACAGUCGUCAUUAGUUUCUACGUUCCUGGCAGAAGCAUUGUUUUAUCCUUGGGAAACGGUGAUUCAUAGACUUCAUCUUCAAGGUACGCGAACCAUCAUCGACAACUUGGAUACAGGUCGUAGCGUGACACCGCUAUUGACAGGAUAUAGCAGUGCAAGCGACUGUUACAGUACGAUUAUAUCUACCGAGGGACCCCUUGGUCUAUACAAAGGAUUUGGUGCUCUUAUGUUAGAAUUUACAGUAAAUGUUAUAAUAGUGCGGGUUAUUAAAUGGGCUUUCACAGAAUUACGAACAGUACUAAGACCAAAACCAAAAUCACGAGAGCCCAUCAAUACACGAGAGCCCGCUCCACAUUGGUACUACAACAACAUGUAAAACAGCAUCAACUUUAGUAUUACCUUUUAUGUUAUUAUAUAGACUGUACUAUACUUAUACAUGCAUAGGCAUGAAAUUGCUACACUGUAGUGAGUUGGUUAUUCUCUUCUUUUGUUAUUGCCAAAAUUAGAUCAAUAAUUUAAUGCUUUCAGUAAUUUUGAACAUUUUAAUAUCUUUUGAUUCAUUAUGGAAUAAUCAAGCGAAUAAAAUUUCCAAACUAUUCUGUACGUGUAAUUUAUGAUACUUAAAUAUAUAUAUCAACGAGGAAUAAAAGAAUUUUAGAAUUGAAUUAUUGUGAUAUUUCAUAGACGUAUACAUGCAAAAAGUAUAUUUAUUUCACGAACUUUUUAGAAUGAUUCAUUUCCCUUAAAAUACUUACGUUAUAAGUAUUGAAAACACUGUAGAGAUGCAAGUUAUGAAACUAUGCUAGCUGUGGGAAAUAUUGUACCAUUUCGUUAUUAUUUUUAGCUCUUAACAGUGGAAAAAUAAGCGUAUCGACAUUCUGAAAACUAAUAUCACACAGCAUUUACUUUCAACAUUUGUUUCAUACAACAAUUUUAUAUGUGUACAAUCAUUUUUUAACUUGCAUCAUAUAUCACACAGCCUUUUAUUUACACCUAGUUCUCAUAUAUGUAAAAUAAAAUGAAACAAUCGACGAGAAUAUAUAUAUCUAUCGCUAAUUAAUGCUUAAUAAUUCUAAAUCUUCAGAAAGUACAUACAGUUUUUAGAAAUCUUAAUUUCUCUCCCAUUUUAUC